ACGAAGAAGAUGGCUGCCGAUUGGUCUCAACUCCCUGCAGAACUCCUGGAGAUCAUCUCAACCAAGAUCAUCUUCAUCACCGACUACCUUCGAUUCCGCGCGGUCUGCACGUCAUGGCGCUCCGCAUCGCCGGCGAGGCCGCGCCAUCUCCCCGCGCAGCUCCCAUGGCUUCUCCUCCCCUACUAUCCAUCACCGGACAACACCGACGCCCGACGCCUCUUCUUCGACCUCCGCGACCGUAGAAUCUACCAGCUCGACCUGCCUGAAACCCGUGGCAAACGGGUCUGUGGAUCCUCCCACGGCUGGUUGGUGCUCGAACGACAUGUCGCCAUCUCCCUCUUGAAUCCCGUCACCAGAGCCCACAUCCAGCUUCCUUCGUUGAAUACUUCUUCCACAUUUCUUUACUUUUUUCGUCCAGGGGAGGCGCAUCUUUUUCCACCUCCAGAUGCAGACCAAAUGCUCGAGAAAUGUUCUAUAAAGAAUGUCACCUUGUCGUCGAAUCCCGCUUUGAACUCUGACUGCAUUGUUUUGGCUGUCUUCCAAAGGGAGGGGAUUUUCGCCUUCUGUAGAAUCCGGGAUGAAUCGUGGACGAUAAUAUCGGAGUCAUAUUUCUUUUUCAAUGACAAAAAUAUUGAUGUCACUUAUCAUAAUGGAAGGUUUUAUUCAGUCUCUGCUCAUGGACAAGUUACAGUUUAUGAUGUCAACUCUCCUCGGAGAAUUGUAUUGCCUUCAAGGCUGCAAUACAGCUGGGACCAGAAAUAUUUGGUCGACCAAUCAUCUCAGGAGCUACUUAUGGUGGAAUGGAAUUUUGAAAGCCGAAGUGCCAAUGGUGGAGCGAAGUAUGAUGUGUUCAAGUUGGAUGUAGAUGGCCAGCCAAAGUGGGUCAAGGUGGAGGACAUCGGCAAUAGCAUGCUUUUUUUGGGUGGUACUAAUCGCUGUUUCUGUCUCCCCGCUGUUAAUUUUGAUGGAUGGGGAGGGAAUUUCAUCUACCAUACGGUUCCCUAUUUUCUGCAGCGCUAUGAAGAUGGUGAUCUUGUAAGUCAUGCUGUGAAUUCAUUCAGCUUGAAGGAUGACUGCACCAUGCAAAUAGCAUGCAAUUUAGGUGUAUCUUUGCUACAUUGGUCGCCACCUAUGUGGGUUACACCUAGUUUGUUUUAGGAAUGACUGGAAGCAUCUCAAAUCUAAUGCAUUCUAGAGUGAUUGGAAGCUAGUAACAUAAUUCUCCAAGUAAAAUCUUUGCUAGAGUAUGAAGUUUGAAUAUAGAAGAUGACUGUGCAAGGGGUGCAGUUUAGAUCUGCUUUGUUGAUGCUGAGUUUUGGACUGUACUGUAAAGAUGGCAGACUUGGAUACUCACAUUUGAACUGUGAUAGAUAUGGUGUUUCAUUGUGGAUAAAUGAUCCUAGUCCUCUGAAUGAAUAUUAAAAUCCCCCAUGAAUUCCA